GAGCCACACAGUUGCCCCAUAUGUUUGCAUUUAACUCUCACCUGCACCCUGCAGGAUGGUUGAUGAUUUCAUUGAGGCUAUAGUUAGGCCAGUGAUACAAAGCUGUUUAUUAAGUGGUUGCUAAGAUUUGAACUCUAAACCAGUGUUGUCCAAUAGAAUUUUUGGUGAUGAUGGAAAUGUUCUGUAUCUGAGUUUCCAGGAUGUUCCACUAUUCACGUGUGGCUGUUGAACACUUGAGGUGUUGAUAUUGUGACUGAGGAGCUUUACUGAAAAAUUUUAAUUUUUAUUUAGUAUUGAUUAACUGAAAUGUUAAAUGGCUACAACUUUAACCUCUGACUCUUAAGGCUUUAUGUGCUCUUUCUCUAUACCUUUCUGCUCGACGGAAGUCGAACUUCUAAAGUAGCUCCAGUACACUGGUACUAAGUGCUGGUCAGCCUCCUGAGAUGUUAUGAACAUAAACAGUAUCGAAAUGGGUUGAAGUUCUGUAAACAAAUCCUCUCUAAUCCCAAAUUUGCAGAGCAUGGAGAAACCCUAGCUAUGAAAGGAUUAACAUUGAACUGUUUGGGCAAAAAAGAAGAAGCUUAUGAAUUGGUUCGUAGAGGUUUGAGAAAUGACUUGAGGAGUCAUGUGUGUUGGCAUGUAUAUGGCCUUCUCCAGAGGUCAGACAAGAAAUAUGAUGAAGCUAUUAAGUGUUACAGAAAUGCAUUAAAAUGGGAUAAAGACAAUCUUCAAAUCUUAAGGGACCUUUCUUUACUACAGAUUCAAAUGAGAGAUCUUGAGGGUUACAGGGAAACGAGAUAUCAGUUACUUCAGCUGCGUCCUGCACAGAGAGCAUCAUGGAUUGGUUAUGCUAUUGCUUACCAUUUAUUAGAAGAUUAUGAAAUGGCAGCAAAGAUUUUAGAAGAAUUUAGGAAAACUCAACAGACAUCCCCUGAUAAAGUGGAUUAUGAAUAUAGUGAACUCCUUUUAUAUCAGAACCAAGUUCUUCGGGAAGCAGGUCUAUAUAGAGAAGCCCUGGAACAUCUUUGUACCUAUGAAAAGCAGAUUUGUGAUAAACUUGCUGUAGAAGAAACCAAAGGGGAACUUCUGUUGCAGUUAGGUCGUUUGGAAGAUGCAGCCGAUGUUUAUAGAGGAUUACAGGAGAGAAAUCCUGAAAACUGGGCCUAUUACAAGGGCCUGGAAAAGGCACUCAAACCAGCUAAUAUGUUAGAACGACUAAAAAUUUAUGAGGAGGCCUGGACUAAAUACCCCAGGGGACUGGUGCCAAGAAGACUGCCAUUAAACUUUUUAUCUGGUGAGAAGUUUAAAGAAUGUUUGGAUAAAUUUCUAAGGAUGAAUUUCAGCAAGGGUUGUCCACCAGUCUUCAAUACUUUGAGGUCAUUAUACAAAGAUAAAGAGAAGGUGGCGAUCAUAGAAGAAUUAGUAGUAGGUUAUGAAACCUCUUUAAAAAGCUGCCGGUUAUUUAACCCUAAUGAUGAUGGAAAAGAGGAACCACCAACUACAUUACUUUGGGUCCAGUACUACUUGGCACAACAUUAUGACAAAAUUGGUCAGCCAUCGAUUGCUUUGGAAUACAUAAAUACCGCUAUUGAAAGUACACCUACAUUGAUAGAACUCUUUCUUGUGAAAGCUAAAAUCUAUAAGCAUGCUGGAAAUAUUAGAGAAGCUGCAAGGUGGAUGGAUGAAGCCCAGGCCUUAGACACAGCAGACAGAUUUAUCAAUUCGAAGUGUGCAAAGUACAUGCUAAAAGCCAAUCUGAUAAAAGAGGCUGAAGAAAUGUGCUCAAAGUUUACAAGGGAAGGAACAUCAGCAGUAGAGAAUUUGAAUGAAAUGCAGUGCAUGUGGUUCCAGACAGAAUGUGCCCAGGCUUAUAAGGCAAUGAAUAAAUUUGGUGAAGCACUUAAGAAAUGUCAUGAGAUUGAAAGACAUUUUAUAGAAAUCACUGAUGACCAGUUUGACUUUCAUACUUACUGUAUGAGGAAGAUUACCCUUAGAUCAUAUGUGGACUUAUUAAAACUAGAAGAUGUACUUCGACAGCAUCCAUUUUACUUCAAAGCAGCAAGAAUUGCUAUAGAGAUCUAUUUGAAGCUUCAUGACAACCCCCUAACAGAUGAGAAUAAAGAACAUGAAGCUGAUACAGCAAACAUGUCUGACAAAGAGCUAAAGAAGCUACGUAAUAAACAAAGAAGAGCUCAAAAGAAAGCCCAGAUAGAAGAAGAGAAAAAAAAUGCCGAAAAAGAAAAGCAGCAGAGAAAUCAGAAAAAGAAAAAGGAUGAUGAUGAUGAAGAAAUUGGAGGUCCCAAAGAAGAACUUAUCCCUGAGAAACUGGCCAAGGUUGAAACUCCAUUGGAAGAAGCUAUUAAAUUUUUAACACCGUUGAAGAACUUGGUGAAGAACAAGAUAGAAACGCAUCUUUUUGCCUUUGAGAUUUACUUUAGGAAAGAAAAAUUUCUUUUGAUGCUACAAUCAGUAAAGAGGGCAUUUGCUAUUGAUUCUAGUCAUCCCUGGCUUCAUGAGUGUAUGAUUCGACUCUUUAGUACUGCAGUGUGUGAAAGUAAAGAUUUACCUGAUACAGUUAGGACAGUAUUAAAACAAGAAAUGAAUCGUCUUUUUGGAGCAACAAAUCCAAAGAAUUUUAAUGAAACUUUUCUGAAAAGGAAUUCUGAUUCAUUGCCACACAGAUUAUCAGCUGCCAAAAUGGUAUAUUAUUUAGAUCCUUCUAGUCAGAAGCGAGCUAUAGAGUUGGCAACAACACUUGAUGAAUCCCUCACUAACAGAAACCUCCAGACAUGUAUGGAGGUAUUAGAAGCCUUGUGUGAUGGUAGCCUAGGAGACUGUAAAGAAGCUGCUGAAGUUUAUAGAGCAAAUUGUCAUAAGCUUUUCCCUUAUGCUUUGGCUUUCAUGCCUCCUGGAUAUGAAGAGGAUAUGAAGAUCACAGUUAAUGGAGAUAGCUCUGCAGAAACUGAAGAACUGGCCAAUGAAAUCUGAACAUCAUUAAACAAGCAAAUGGAAUGACUUUGGACCAUAUCUAGUGUAUAAUAUUUUUGUCACGCACCUGCUGCAUUGCUCUAACUUACACAGAAUGAGAAGAGUAAAUGUUCUUGCCUUCAAAUAGUGUUUUACGUUUUUUAUCCUGCUGAAAAGUAUAUAUAAAAUAUCUAACGUAUUACAGGAUAUAGGUUCAGUUUCUUAAAAAAUUAAAAGCUGCUAAAAUUGAGGGAUUAAAAAAAAGAUACCUUAUUCUAUUCCUACCUACCCACCCAUGUUUUUUAACUAAUUUAUAUAAAAUCUGGAGGCUGUUACAGCUAACAAAGCAGGUGUGUGGCAGAAAUAUUACUUUAAAAUUUGUCUUGUGAGAUUUUACUAUAUCUCAGACAGCAUAAAUGCUGUUUUAGCACUGGAUUCUUUCACUGAGCACAAAGAGUUGUUGGGGCUUUAGCAUCUGACUGAUUUUGUUACGGGGUUGAUUCUGACCAUAGGAAGUAUGCAAUGUGAAUCACUAUUUACAGAGAAACCUACAACAGAUGCUUGAUGUUGUAGAAGCUGGGACAUAUAGAUACCAAGCAGAAUUUCUAAGAAACCUAGAGGGUGUUCAAUAUGCUUGUUGUGUUUCCAAAAUUCACUGUACAUGAUCAGUUUGGUGUUCUUGUACCACAGUUUUUAACUGAAGGAACCAGUUGGAACAAUCUCAAUUUUAACUAAAACUUGAAGAACUAAAAUAGCAAUGCAAACCUUUCAGCAUUGUUUUGGCCAAACUUGUUAAAACUGUAAUGCAAGAACCAAAUGCACUGUGAUGUGGCACCAACUAAUUAGCACGCAUGAAUUUUUUCACCCAAGAGUGAAAAAAGAAAAUCUACCAUGGCUUGAAGUUAAAGAGCAGAACUCCUGACUACCAUUCUAUGACUGAUCAAGAGACUAAUAGUUAAAAACCUCAGCAGGCCUUGUUCACGAUAUGCAGAAAAAAAGUGCUGCAGUUUAGAUACCUCUGGAAUUUUUCCACAGUGUCACAGGUUUGUAAUACUUGAAGCCCUACAUUUCUAAGAAUAUAUUUCUUGCUCAGUUGUUUCAGGCAAGCCCAAGACUUUGUAAUUUUUAAAGGGCCCAAGAUUUUUUUUUUUUCAAUAACAGACCAGCUUCUUUUUCCUGCAGUUACAGAUGUAAUUUCCUUUUUGUUGUCAAACAUAAGGUACCAAAUAUGAUGCAAUAAAUUGUUUUGAAAAACA